AAUAUGUAACAAAUGCACAAUAUAAUAACUAAUUAUAUAAUCAUAAUGGUUGUGCAAGGAGAGAUUGUUUGUGUUACGGGUGCCGCCGGGUUUAUAGGCUCAUGGCUUGUCAAGAGGCUCCUCGAGCAUGGCUACAUCGUCCGAGCCACCGUUCGAGACCCUGGUAACGUGAAAAAAGUGCAGCAUUUGUUGGAUUUGCCAAAUGCAAACACUCACUUGACACUAUGGAAAGCAGACCUUAAUGAACAAGGAAGCUUCGACGAAGCUAUCAGUGGUUGCGCCGGCGUCUUUCAUGUUGCCACCCCCAUGGACUUUGAUUCCAACGAUCCUGAGAAUGAGGUGAUUAAGCCUACCAUAAAUGGCAUGUUAGACAUAAUGAGAUCAUGCGCCAAGGCCAAAAUUCGAAGACUGGUUUUCACAUCAUCAGCAGGAACUGUCAAUGUUGAAGAAAUCCAAAAACCUGUGUAUGAUGAAACUUGUUGGAGCGACAUGGAGUUUUGCAGCUCCAAAAAGAUGACUGGAUGGAUGUACUUUGUAUCGAAAACACUAGCGGAGAAAGCUGCUUGGAAAUUUGCUGCUGAAAACAAUCUUGAUUUUAUAAGUAUCAUUCCACCUUUGGUGGUUGGACCUUUUAUCACUCCAACAAUGCCCCCCAGUCUCAUAACUGCGUUAUCUCCAAUUACUAGAAAUGAAGCUCACUAUUCAAUAAUCAAGCAAGGUCAAUUUGUACAUUUAGAUGACCUUUGCAUGGCUCAUAUAUACUUGUAUGAGCACCCUAAUGCCAAGGGCCGUUACAUUGCUUCAGCUUGUGAUGCUACUAUCUAUGAUAUUGGCAAAAUGUUGAGGGAGGAAUAUCCCGAAUACAAUAUUCCCACUAAAUUCAAGGACUUCGAAGAGGAUAUGGAACAUGUACAUUUUUCUUCAGAAAAGUUGAUGGGAUUAAAUUUCAAGUUCAAGUACGAAUUAAAGGACAUGUACAAAGGAGCUGUUGAUACUUGCAGAACAAAGGGACUUCUCCCUCCUUCCUAUGGCGAAAAUGAAAAUAAUGAGAAUCCUAAUACCAUUAUUGAUUAAGCAUGCCUAGGUUCCUUGUUUUACUUUAAAGUAAAUUGUGUUAUGUAUUCGUGCUUACAUUUUAUUAUGAGUAAUUAAAUUAUUUAUGUUGCACUAGUUAUACUUUCA